CAGCGCGAGCGGAGUUCCAGUCGGGCUGGAGUGGUCGGUAACGCGAGUGUGGUGUGAAUGCGCGCGAACAACAGACGCGAGACAGUCAACGUGCUGCCAAUAGCGUGUGUGCCGCGAGACAAAGUGCGGUCACAUUGUCAUGACGUUCGUCGCGUGAGAAAUCGUUCGCGACGUGAACACGUCCGACAGAGGCAGACAACAGAGCUACAUAGCCAUGCCGUGUGACGGUCUCAGGAACAUGGCGCGCGGUUCUCGGCGCGCGAGGGAUUCGGAACGCGUCGUCGCCGUCGGCUAUGUUACAGCGCGUCGAUGCAAACUACUGCCGAUAAUUCCUACGGUGUUGUUGCUGAUGCUGCUCGCGGUCGUCGUACCUGCCGCAAACCCCGCAAGUCAAGGUCCGUCGCCGGAUUUCAGCAGACACACUCUGGUGAGACCGCAAGUGUAUCACGGCAGAACGAAAAGACAGAUCUCAUCGACCAAAGUGAACGAUACCGAGCACGCGGACGUGCUGACGGUGGGUUUCAACGUGGACGGCGUGAAUCGCAUUCUCGACCUUCGGUUGAACACCGAUCUAAUUCCGGUCGGCUAUCAGGAACGCCACCAGCAUCAGGGCACGUACAAAGUGCACACCCCGUCGAAAGUUUCUUCGGUUGCAGGUUACGAAGGCACGUCGCCGCAUCUCGUCGUUCCUCAUGAUCAGCACAGAAUUAAAAGGCUUUCCAGGCACAAAAGAGCGGCCGAAGUCAUUCGUGGACCCUACAACGCGAACAAGGAGUCGCGUUACGUGGAGUUGGUGCUCGUAAUCGACAAGAAGGAAUACGUAGCGCUCGGCGAGAAUCUGGACAAAGUGUAUCAGCACUGUAAGGACAUCGCUAACAUUAUCAACGCUCUCUUUAUGCCGUUGAACAUAUUCAUCGCCCUGGUUGGCGUGCAAGUAUGGUCCGAGUCGGAUGAGAUAGCGCUGUUGCCGAACGGCGACAUCACUCUGAACAAUUUUCUGCGCUACCGCAGAGAAAAGCUGCUUCAGGACAUUCCCAACGACAACGCCCAGCUGCUAACACGAAUUACUUUUGAAGCUGGAGUGGUCGGCAAGGCGUUGAAAGGCCCGAUAUGUACGUACGAAUUCUCCGGCGGCGUUUCCAUGGAUCACUCCAGCGUCGUGGGUUUGGUCGCGGCCACCGUUGCUCACGAGAUGGGUCAUAAUUUCGGAAUGGAACACGACAGUCCGGACUGCGAAUGUCCGGAAGAGAAAUGCAUAAUGGCGUCUUCUAGCGGUUCUUACGGUCCAACUCACUGGUCCUCGUGUUCGAUCGAACAUUUAAUCAUCGCCUUCGAACACGGAAUGGACUACUGCCUGAGGAACAAGCCGCAAAAGCUGUUUGACAGUCCCAUAUGCGGUAACGGUUUUGUUGAGCCAGGCGAGCAGUGCGACUGCGGUCUAAAGGAAAACUGCAAUAAUCCCUGUUGCGACGCGACAACUUGCAUGUUGCGCGGAAACGCUAGCUGCGCCACUGGCGCGUGUUGCGACCUGGCAACGUGCAAGCCGAAAACGGCUGGUACCGAGUGCAGAAGCGCCGAUCACGAAUGCGAUCUGCCGGAAUACUGCACGGGCCAGAGCGAAUAUUGUCCGGCUAAUGUGUUCAAGAUGGACGGGGAGAAUUGCAGUAACGACAAAGCGUUUUGUUAUCAGGGCUCGUGUAGAACGCACGACGAUCAGUGCAAGCUACUUUGGGGUCCAACUGGCGAGUCUUCGGACGCACAGUGUUACGACAUGAACAGCAAGGGAAAUAAAAACGGUAACUGCGGUUUCAAUCGCAUCGACCAAACCUACACCAAGUGCAAUCCUCAAAAUAUCCGAUGCGGCAUGUUACACUGCAAGCACUUGAACGAACGAUUGGAAUUCGGUAUGGAAUCGGUCUCGACUUUGAGUCAUUCUUUUAUUAAUAACAACGGGAGAAUAUUACCUUGUCGUUCGGCCAUCAUCGAUCUUGGGUUAACCGACACCGAUCCCGGACUCGCGCCGGACGGUGCCAAAUGCGCGAACGGAAAGAUGUGUAUCAAUCAGAAGUGCAUGUCAGUAGCAGAUUUGAGAGCGUCUACGGGCAAAAAUUGUCCGAAUAAUUGCAACGGCAACGGAGUGUGCAACAGUCUUGGUCAUUGCCAUUGCAACCAUGGCUUUCGGCCACCAGAUUGUCUUCAACCUGGAGUUGGCGGCUCCGAGGAUAGCGGUCCAGCUGAAGAUCCUAACAUGAGGAACGAUUUUGUAACCGCGCUCUACGUUAUCUUUCUGGGAAUAGUGCCCGCCGUGGCUCUACUGGUGUUCGGAGUCUGGUACAUUAGGAACUCCGGACAACACUGGAAGAAAGAUAUGAUGUCUACGAGCGAUCGUGGCCACAAUGGAUUGCUAAUCAAAACGAUCGAUCGUUCCAGCCCCAUGUCCCGUAACAUCGAGACGAUCGAUUCUAGUCUGAGUCAAGAUCCGGCGUGCGCGAGUCUGCUACCGAAAACAGAAACGGACGAGCGCUACAACAACAAUAUGUUCGGCCAGUUCAAAGGCUUUACGAUCACGCCGUUGCGUUCGAACGAUCAGUCGAAACUGGCCGAGCCUACGAAACCGGCGCCACCACCGCCGGGCUGGAUACCAACCGUGGCAAUAAAAACGAACAUUUCGAAGCCAAAUGUGCAAAAGUGCAAUAUGUCACAAAGAAGCAAUUUGUUGAUUUCCAACGAUUCAAAUUCCAUCGCACCGACAUUACCUCCGCCGAAUCCGGGAUCUACAGCGCGACCGCUUAUAAGUAGUCCCGUGCUGGCGGCCACGACUUGUACGUCUGUCGAACUGGUAAGCGCCAAGGUGCCUACCAGACCAGCUCCGGAUGUGCCAACGUGUCCGGCCCCGGUUAUUGUAACGCCCGCAGCUCCCGCGAAACCCCAGAGACCCAACAGCACGCCAUUGACAAACGUGAUUCUGCCAGAACCCGAGAAGAGAGCGGAGAAAGGCAGCACGCUCAAUCGAAUCGCGUCUAUGUUGCGUCCCGGCUCCGGGAUCAUGAGAAGCAACUCACAGAGAGACGACAAGAAUACGAAUUCGUUGCCGAGAAAUCAGCAUCACAAGGCCAACAAGGUCAUCGACAAGGAGAUCUUGAGGAAUCUGGAGAUAUCAAAUCCCAUACCGCAGACGAAUAUCGAGAUCGCGACUCCAGUCAUUCCUGUGAUACCAACGGCCGACGAGGAGAAGAAAAAUGUGGUUCUGCGCGCUCAGUCGAUGAGGGACAGCAAGAUCACUCCGAGACCUCCUAUCCCUACGUUCGGUUCGAUGCGACAACAAACCACACCCGUGACCAAAAGACCGACCAGUAUUCCCGCCAGUACGAGGCCCACGUCACCGCCUCCCGGUCCACCUAUCACCGCACAGACAGAGAAGACCGUCGAAAACGCGAUCAAGAUCCCAGGACUGCCUGGUUAUCAGAACCCGCCGGUGAAAACUGCCCCGAAACCCUUAGAGAAUACUUACGACGACUGCAUGAAUUUGAUCUCAGACUCGUCCUUGACCAAGAUCGCGGAAGAGUCGCCCACGAACGAUAACAUCUACGCGGUGAUAGAGGAACCGGUGCCGGAGAAGAACAGAAAGAACACGGAGAUGGAAACUAAGUUAAACGAUAACGAGUACAAACAACCCAAACGCGUGGAUGCGAUGUCUACCGUUGCUCCGAACAGUUUGGAAUCUAUGGGGUUGCUUUCUGAAAUCGUGUCGGAGAUAUCGAAUCGCAAUUUCGACUCCAUAUAUUCCAGCUCGACUCUGAGCAGAAAGAAAAAGGGUGAGGAUGAAGACGACGCGACGAAGAACUUAGAGAAUAUAGAUUCCGACAGUUCCUUGGGUGGCUACAUGAAUGCGAGCCACUACAAAACUCCCGGAAGCGUGUACUCGAAUGCCGCUUCCGGCAAGUUUAACUCAUCGAGUUCCACUACGAGUUCCGGUUAUCUCCAUCCGUCCGUGAUAAACGGUCCUCAAGCGGAUAGGAAAGAUGUCGCCAAUGCGAACGAUUUGAAGACCGUCGAGCAGCACACAAGCAAGCUUAACACACUUAAAUCCAAUAAUCCCAAUAUAAACGACGAACUGUCCAAGGAACUGGGGAUGAAGCCGGCUGAGAAUUCUUUAGGAUACAAAUCGUUCGCACCAACAAAACCUCGACCGUCUAACUUGCUACAUAUCAAGAAGGAUGAACAAACUGAGAACAAGAUUCCGCUUAAACCGCCGCUAAGUAGAACCAAGACGCCUCCCAACAUCGCGAAGAGUCCGAGUUCUAAGGAAACGUCCGAGUCGAGCGUAAAACUCACGAGACAAAGUUCAGAUAAUACGUUAAAAUCCCUGAGACUCUCCUCGAAAGCUGUUGACGCGAGUUCGACAACGAAACAAAAUUCGGACGCGAGUCCAACGGCGAGGCAAACGCCAAUGAGCAAGUCGAAUAGCGACUUGGGUAAAGAAGACUCGCGUACAACCGUGUCUGUCAAAAAUGUGCCUUGUAGUCCUAAGGAUAAUCCGAGCAAGUUUAAUAGCCCGGACCUGGUUUCGAGCUGUUCGAAUUCCGGCACGAAGUCACCGGACGUCGUAGGUGGCAGUUCCAAGUUCAGUCUGCCUCUGAAGACCGUUCAGAAGACGACGUCGACGUUGCCGCGGAGCGGCCCACAGAAAACGCCCACGACUCCCUUGAAGCCGUUGAACAUUACGUCCAAAACGGGCGGUCUUUCGGAAAGAAAGAAGUCUCCGAGCGGCAGUGUGACAAAAUCGCUGUCGCCAACUAGCAAAGAGCCGAACAACGGCGGCACCAAGGUGUCGUCCGGUUUGACGUCGAAGGUGACCGCCAAAGCGGAGACCAAGAGCACGGACGGAAACGUGGGAGCGAGGACGACAACGUUGCAAAAGGCGGCGAACGGCAAGUCGAACGUGGCGUCGCUCCAGCAGAAAUUCGAGGGCAACAAGAACAGUUCCGGUGUCGCGAGAACUAUAUCGAGUGCGGGCAAAAAGCCGUUGGCGCGAGCGACGGAAGUGAACGGCGGCGUGAGGAAAUGAGGAUAUCAUCGUCAUCAUCAAGAAGAAAAAACGCGAGCGAAGAAAAUCCAUACUUGAAACUACAUUCUAGUCCGUCAUUAAUUUUUGUUCUCGGAGAUAUGCGAGAGAUGAUGUGCGAAGGAGUGCGGCGCGCGUACGUCGGGAUGCUUGGGUAUAUAUAUAUAUACAAAAGUCGCACGAUGUGCGUAUGUCUCCGCAAAUUGUUUAUUUAAGAAUUCUUUGAACGGGAGUUAAAAAAAAAAAAAAAAAA